UUGACAUUAAUGAUUAGCAGGCAUCUCCUAUGCUGCACUGACAGAUGCAGAGACAGAAACAGUCUCCGCCUCCCUCCUCCUCCCUCCUCCUCUCUGCAGCGUUAGUUGGGGCGUGUUGACGGAGCCUCUUGCCAGCUGAGUUUACAGUGAAACUCCCUCAACCGCUGCCAACAACUUUAAGAGUGCUGUUGCCUUACGUUGACAGAAGAUGUUUUUUGCCAAAAAAUUCAUUGGUGGCAUCAUUGAUGUUGUCAGCAACAUCGACCCAGCCCAGUUUGUGCCUUCUGAUCCUCCUCCACCACGCAGGCCACUUGCAUAUGCAGAGCAGCAUGAGAGCGAUGAGGAGAAACAGUUCCGCAGAGUCUUCCAGCAACUAGCCGGAGAAGACAUGGAAGUGAGCCCAACUGAGUUGAUGAACAUCCUAAACAGAAUCGUUACGAAGCAUGGAGACCUGAAGACAGAUGGUUUCAGCAUUGAGUCUUGCAGGAGCAUGGUGGCAGUCAUGGAUAGUGACAGCACUGGAAAACUGGGAUUCCAUGAAUUCAAACACCUCUGGAACAAUAUAAAAAAAUGGCAGGGAGUGUACAAGUCCUAUGACGCAGAUGGUUCUGGUGUCAUAGGUGCAGAUGAGCUACCCACCGCUUUCAGAGCUGCUGGCUUCCCUCUCAAUGACCAGCUGUUCCAGAUGAUCAUUCGCAGAUACAGCGAUGAAAAUGGGAACAUGGAUUUCGACAACUAUAUCGGCUGCCUUGUGAGGCUGGAUGCCAUGUGCCGUGCCUUCAAAACCUUGGAUAAGGAUAACAACGGGACUAUCAAAGUCAAUAUUAAGGAGUGGCUUCAGUUGACCAUGUACUCCUGAGUCCGGACGAUGCCUCUCAUGCUUGUUUUAUGGAACCACUUUGUUCGUUUACACAAUACAAAAUAUUUUCUCGACCUUCCCUACAACUUAUCGUGUUACUCAGCAAAUCUGUUGUGUGUGCAGGUUUAUUUUGAAUGUUAAUGCAAUGUCUGGUGUCACCGUUACAUAUUACUUGUAAGACUGUAUUAUAACUUGGAAAAAGCACAAACCUGCACUCACAAUGGUACCCAUAGUUGAGGGUAAAAAAUAAAUGGCACUGAAUGCUCUGGACAACUAUUUAGCCAACAUGAUAGUACAGAAUGUUGAAUUGUUAUCAUUUUGUCAGCUUUUUUGGCAUCGGCUCUUGAUCGACUUCAUGCCCACAAAUCCAAAUGGCAUGAGAAGAGGCGGGCCAACACCAAUAUGCUUUACACCGUGACAUUUGUGAAAAACCUAAUGUGAAAGCAGGAAGCUGUUUGUUUGUAUUUGGGGCCAGUUUCACAAAGAUACAGUAUGUUGGACUGGUUAGACUAUUUUAAUGCCAAAAUGCUGAAAGGUUGGAAAGUUUCACAAAAAUAAAGACUGACAUUUUAAAGCCUAAUAGUGACCCACCUUAACCUCAGGCUAUCUCAGAACAAUCAAUUAUUGUCACAGCUGACAAAAACUGGAAAACCUACUUUUAGUUGGAGUCAACAGCAUGAAGCUGUAGCCUGGUCGGCUAUGUUUUUUAUCAUUUGAAUUGCCACUCACACAGUUGUGACACCUAUUUUGCCAAAGUUGAGCUGUGUGGGCAUGUACAGUAUAGCUGCUUGAUUGACAUCUCCAUCUCUAUGCUGUUUUGUUUCACAUAUCAGGGCAACAUCAUUUAUAUUCGUACAUAUUUGCAAAUUCUCAGAAAAGCUCCAUCUAAGUUCAACCUGAGCAGAGGUCUAACCAGCUUUCAGAGUAACUGAGGUCACCUGCAAGGAUGUACAUGGCCUUUAGGAGAGUCCAAUUUAAAGGCUCAGCAUAACUGCAGGUGUUUUCGGGAUUUAUGGCUGAACAGAUUUCUGCUCAAGUUAGUUAGAGCUAUUCUGAGAAUUACAUUAGGUCACCUAAGAAUGUAUGUUGUCCCAACCCAACAGGUUUAACACAACAGGAGUGCUGGGGGAUGGUAAUCAUGCCCUCACAGCCCUGAGGAGAGGUCUAACUGAUAAAGCUAUACAUAUAUCUGAGGUCUCACCAUCUUUUAGACCUCAGUUAUAUUUGGUGUCUUUGUGAAAUUGUCCCCAAGUCCACUGACCAGACAGUUCACCAUUUUUGGUUAAACCUUCAAGAAAAUUUAGGCAGGUGUUAUGAUAGAUUAUAUAGAUUAUGGUUCAUUUGCACCACAGUCUAUUGCAAGCAAAUCAUUGUUUACUGACCUGUACACUCCAUUAUCUUGCAUCAGAGUUCCGCUGUUUAUGUUUAUGCCUAGAAAUCUGGAAUCCUAAUGUCUACAGCCACUAGAAAAUAUCUAAAAUGCCUAAAAAUCCCAAACUUUGUUUCAAGUUACCUAAUAUCAAUGGUUGUUUGUUAAUAUAAAUAUCCACUAUAUUCCAGCCCUAUAUUUCUUCUGUUAUAGUAAUGUACAUUAACACAGUAAGAGACAAUGUUUUGUUUGAGCACGCUGAUACUGUGCCGUUUAAUACUGGUAGUGCAACUUAGCCAUAGCAGCUUACUGGUUACUUCUACUUAUCACUGUGUACUUAUUGAAAAUUUCUGCACCAGAUAACGCGAGGACAAUGUGUGAAUUCAUAAUAUAUAACAGAUGUGUAUGCCACUAAUGCAUGCAGCCACUAGUAAAGAUGCCAUUAUUAGAGGUUUUUAACAAUGUUCUAGCCACAGUCAUUCAACUGCUUGGCAAAAAUAAAUACUUGUGCUGUUUUUGGAAUAAAAAGGGUAUGAUAAAUGAUAAAA